AUGCCUGUUAGUGAAGAACACAACACCGAUAUGAUUUGGCAUGUUCUAACUAUCCUCGUGGUUCUAUCUGUUACUGUCUAUUCGGCACCCACGUCAACGUUCAAUUUGUCACCGAUUGAUAUUGCAAAAUGUCAAAAUAAAUGUGGCGUACCCAAAGAUGUCAGAAGUAAUCCUACUCAAAAACUCUGCAAUGCCUGGAAUGAAUGUAACGAUGAUGAAAGAAAUUGCGCCGCCAAAGGAGAUAAAUUCAUUUAUUCAACUAACGCUGUUUGUAAAACAUUUGCUCCGUUUCCAAGUCCAGCUUCCUCAAUUAAUACCAAUACAGGGCUAAGUGUUAACUCGAUAACAGCCAUAACCACUGAGCCUCUUGGCUCAACAGUUGAUUUCAGUGCUACCCCACCUCCGUCAGUUGUGACCGAAGAGUGCAAGACAAUAUUACAACAAAAGGACGCAAUUCUGAUGAUUAAUCUAAUUAAUCCAGUCGAAUGGGACAUGCCAAUUGAUAUGAUUUUAUGUAUCAAUCUCAAUGCUAAAACUAUUCCGUUGGGGUUGGAAGAUUUAGCAACACUUUGUGGACAGCAGCAAUCAGAUGAUUUGAGAGGGUACAUCGAUAACCGAAGAAAGAUUCAUCACUGUGAUCAGUACCCAUAAGGCUUAUUUUAGAAUAUUGGACACACUCAGUCUGUCUUGUUGUAAUUUACUCAUUGCGUUCUAUCAAAAAAGAAGUUUUGAACCAAACUAAUGAUUAAUAAAACGCAUAUUUAAGACUUUUAGUGCAAUAUACCAAUCAUUCGGUGUGUGGAAAAACGAACCCAUAAACAUAAACUUUAAGUAAAAAUACUUUAAAAAAGAGUGGAUGUGGCGAAUUUACUGAAGCUGAAGUUUGGACUGCAAAACUAACAUUCAUAACAUUGUAGAAACUGAAAAAUUCGGUAAAGCGGGAGAAAAACCAACUCAAAUUGAGCAGAAGGGACUGAAUUUUAAAUUCGUGCGCAAAUGAAUCGUAGACAACCACACGAUCCCCAUUGGUUCAAAAUAAAAACAUUGAUUUAAAUAUUUCGAACAUUUAUUCGUUUUU